AUGGAAAGUGAAGUAGCAUUGACAAAUGAAGUUUCUAUUGAAGAGACACUUCCAUUAUUACAAAAUAAAUAUAUAAAUUAUUCUCCUGAACAAAUUUAUAAUAUGGAUAAAACAGAUCUUUUUUAUUGGUUAAAACCAGGUUAUAUAUUAGCAACUCGUAGAUUUUCUGGUCAUAAAAAAAAUAAAGAAUAUCUUUCAAUAGUAUUAUAUGCAAAUGUAGAUGGAUUACACAAAUUACCACCAUUAAUUAUUGGAAAAUAUACAAAUCCCAGAUGUUUUAAAACAAUUAAUAUUCAUAAUUUACCAAUAACUUAUCACUUUAUUUCAAGAGCACUUCACCUUCCUAAUAUAAUGAAUAUAGAAGAAUUUCUUUUUGUACCAGAAGAAAAUAUUCCAGAAGAAAAUAUUGAAGAUAUUGAAGAAUUAGAUAAUAGUAUUGAACCAGUUAUUAUUGAUAUUGGUGUAGUAUUAAAAAGCGAUAACACGUCUCAUAAUUAUUCGCUUUCCAAUUUGAUCGUAAUUGGAACUUUACUUUUCGGUGGUUGUUGCAGUAAUGUUGUUGCACUGGAAUUACUAGUAGGGGAUUCUCCAAAAAGCGGCAAUUUAUUUACAUUUUGUCAAUAUUUAUUCAUAUCUUGCGAGGGUUUAUUUCACAAUCUUGAGUAUACAACUACCAUUCCGCGUUUAAAAAGACGUACAGUUCCUGUAUAUCGAUGGGUUAUUCAAGUGGUUCUAUUUUUCACGGUAUCUAUUUUGAAUAACAUUGCAUUAGGGUACAAAAUCUCUGUACCUCUUCAUAUAAUUUUUCGUAGUGGAGGAUUAAUUGUAAGUAUGAUAUUAGGAUGGGCAGUUGGUGGUAAGAGAUAUACAAUAAGACAAGUCUUUUCAGUAAUAAUGGUCACUCUAGGAGUAGUAUGUGCUACACGCAGUUCUGCCAAUGUCAGAUCGAAGGCUGAAUCUGUCAUUACCAGUACCACCGAUUAUAUGAUUGGUAUUUCUCUUCUCUCGAUCGCUUUAAUUUUAUCUUGUGUAAUGGGCUUAUACCAAGAGUUUACCUAUGCGAAGUAUGGAAGCAAUUGGCGUGAAGGACUUUUCUACACGCAUUUUCUCGGAUUACCACUUUUCUUAAUGUUUCAUUCUGACAUCAAAAGUCAGAUUCAAGAAUAUAAUCGUUCUUCACCAUUAUAUCUGAAUGAAAUAAUUUCUAAAUUGUCGGAUGAAAUCUAUAUUCCCGAUGAUAUUCAAAACGUUUUUACUCGUUGUUUUUUGCCUAGAACUUGGUUCUAUCUCAUUAUUAAUGUAUUAACACAGUACGUUUGUGUGUCAGGUGUUCAUCGACUGAAUUCAAUUUCCACCGCUUUAACAUUGAAUCUUGUCUUAAAUCUUCGAAAAUUUGUAUCUCUCGUUAUUUCGGUUUGGUUUUUUGAUAACGAGUUUCACAUUGGAAUGGCAAUUGGAGGAUUUUUAGUUUUUACUGGAACUAUUCUCUAUUCAAUUGGAGGAAAUCGUUCUUCAAUAAAGUUAGAGUCAUCCAAAUCAUCUAAAAAUGGAGCGAUUGAAACAAAAAAGGAUAUAUGA